AUGCCACCCCGUCGACCAGUUUCCCCUCUCGCACUGGAAACAUGCCCACCGCGAGACUCGGACCUGGACGACUAUGAGCUGGCGUGCUCAGACGAUGACCUUGACGAGAGCCACCGCUCUGCGCGGCGCCGGAGGAUUGAGAAGCUUGGGGAGGCAUAUCUGAAGGGCAAUUCUCUUUUUAUCCUUUCUGCUUCUCUUCGGGGUCCUUUGGAGGGAGGCUGGGUAAACCCAUGGCAAAAGGACAGGGGGAAAGCCGCUGAAAACAAGCGCGACAACGGCCCGACCGUACGACCAUUUAUACCGGAAACCAACUCUCACAAACGCCGACACAUCCAAAGCCCAACUGUCAUUCCUUGUUCUACAUCUUCGGCUACCCCGCAGACUUUAUCUCGUACUGAGCGCUCUCACGCAUACGCAAAACUCAAGCCCGCGGAUCGGGAGCCUGGCUUAGCAUCAGCCGCACGCGAUAGUCAAUCUCCUCGCUUCACUCGAUAUAAACCUCCAGACUCAAGAUGGUUGAAAAAGGACAAGGUCUCCACCCGAUUUCAGAACAUUGAUCCACCCACAUCGCCUACGACUAGUAUUUCUUCCCGCCAACCGAGGAAAGGUGGUACAGCUGGUUCUCAAUUAAAUGGCAGACCAGGAUUGGCGGAUUAUGAGUCUGCCAGCUCAUCAAACAGCCACCAACGAAAGCAGUCGAAACAACUGGAGCCAGAAAAGAAUGAUCCAUCUUCCCACAGAGAACGUCAUACACCUGGAUCAGCCCUGCAGAAAGAUAGCUCUCAGUCUCUGAACGGAUCAGUCCACGUGGUAUCGUCAUCAUCUCAACUACCGAAAUUUGAGUUUCGAUUGAAACAGCGUGGCAAGCCUACAGAGAAAAUAGAAAGACAGCACAGUCCAAAACCUAUAGGCGAAGAUGGUAACAAGGCCAACACUGUUGGCACCUCUGAUGUGCCUGCGGGCAGAGCAGAGAAACAUCCUGAAAACUCUCCAUCGACACGCAGUGCUGAACCUGUCCAGGUAGAGCCUAACGUUCAGCAGAAUGCAGUGAAUUCGCUGACCUUGACGAAUGGCUCUAAUAUUAUGAAAAACACUAUGUCAACGAAUUUGGACAAAGGGUUGGUUAGCAACCCUACCAAUGAUACCACAAGCGAGAACAACCUACCGUUCGCCCAACCUGCACCUGUGAAUCCGGCACCUUCCGAUAAUCUCACAUCCCUAUAUUCGAUCGCGGUGUCGAAAGCCACUUCAAACCGAACCGAGGAACAUAACGCCGAUCAGCAAUUCUCCACACAGGCGGCCCUUAUGAUGGCGCAGAAAUCUUUCCAGAAUGACAUUUUAAGCCCCGACAACAGUCCAGUGACAUCGGCAAAAAAACGACGAGCAUCUCAAGACCCGAACCACCACUCCCCAAACGCAGUCAACAUUACCCCGUUCCAUGCAAUCAAUACGCGCGGACGAGAAAUUUCCUGUCGAACAAACGAACCCGGGACAAACAGACGGGAAAUGAUGAGUACGCAGUACAUGGUUGAUGCUGCGACACCCUUCACAUUUAGUACCGAGAAGAAAGCCGAAUUCCGUACACUGUCGACUGGAAAAGACAUAUCGAAGGGCAAGAAGCGGAAAACAACCAGUUUUGCUGUAUCAUCCCCGUCCGAGAUCCCGUCAGAGCAUUGGACGCCUGACGAGGACCACACGGAAAACAUUGGGCAGCAUUCCGCAGAAGCUCAUAAUUCACCUUCUGGAUCCGAGCAGAACGCUCUGCCCAUGACCCUGACGGGCACAACGCCACCCACAGCCCAGGCGGAGCAAGCUAUGGAAAGCUUUGAUCUUAGUCAGGCAAUUGCAGAAGCGGGCAGCUGGUUGCAGCAAAGCUUCGAGAUCAAUAAGGACAUUACACACUGCAAAUCUGCCCAGCUGCCUCCACCUCGCCCUUCAGAGACAGCCCAAUAG